AUGACAUGUAAACAUGCCAUUCUACAUUUGGAGCCCUCACCCUUCGCAGAAUUAGCAGGAUAUGAACAACCAGAUGCCGCGGCACGUGCAGCAGCAGAAACGACAUCUGGGCGAGCACCGAAGAAGGGCAAGGAUUACUCGAUAGGAACCUUUCCCGGUCCUCUUGUUCUACCGCAUGAUGAUCUAAACUACGAUCCGGAUAGUGAACCUCAAACUACCAAAGAGUGGCUAAAUGCGGAAACCAGGAAUAGACUAUUAUCGACAACUGGAAGGGAUACACUAUAUGUAGCACAAGUACCCAAGAUCAGUAAGAAGGUGGAAUUCAUGAGAGACUGGGUGAUACCAACUGGUCAUGGAGCAUCAGAGGAUCGACAAGAAGCAGAGUCACCUCCAUCUGCAGACCUCUUUGUUGAUUACCUUGCCGCCUUCUACCACAAUAUGCCCGUUCGCCUCCUACCCACGCCCUUGACCUGGACACAAUGGGGUUCUAGUUCCAAACCCUCCAGCCGUUACCGAAGUGCCGCUCUGCCAAAGUACGUUGGUCUUCUCGAUAGCGAAGAUCGAUGUACGAGGAUCCGCGUCCGCCCCCCGCCAGACUCUGCUUUCCCCGCUCAACUCAACCUAGACGAUAUUCUUGAUAUGACUAUUUCGAUUCUCCCUGUUGACGCCUAUGCUCUGGUUAUCUUGGUCGAUCAUGACAUCUACGAGUCUGAAGAUGAUGACUUUUGUUGUGGCAGAGCAUAUGGAGGAAGUAGAGUGGCUGUUGUUCAGACUGCACGGUAUAGCCCGGUGCUGGACAAACGGCAAGGGGAGCAGAUUGACAGAAGUCAUAUGUGGCCGUGGAGUCAUUGCAAAACAUUUGUAGAUGACUUGUGUGCAACGGAAGACGUAGAAGCAAAGCCAGCAACAAAGAAACAAAAAGACCUAAGUAAGAACAGUGCAAUGGCAGCUGCGGUCGCCUCAGCCUCAGCAUACAAGCCUGUCUCUCCGGUGCAAGAAGUCCAGGCGCUAUGGUUCUCACGGCUUGCGCGAACGGUGUCGCAUGAAUUAGGUCAUUGUUUCGGCAUCGCGCAUUGUGUGUAUUAUGCGUGUAAUAUGCAGGGGACGGGUAGUAUGAGGGAAGACGUAAGACAGCCCCCGUUCCUGUGUCCUGUCUGUGAGGCGAAGAUUGCGCAUGCUAUCAUCGGGGAGCUGAGUGGUGGCCAUGAAGAGGAGAAAAGAAUUUGGGUCAAGCAGAGGUGCCAGACAUUGGGCCGAUUUUGCAAAGACUUGGAGCACAGAGGGCGAGAAAGUGCAAUGUGGCGAGGUUUAGAUGCUUGGUUGGAAGAGAGGUUAAAGGUGUUGUGA